CGAUGUUUGUACUUCGAUAUGCCGUUUACACUCCCGUGUAGUUACUUAGCGUUGUACUGUGAUCAGUCGCGUUAGCGCGGUAGCUACUCCAAGCUAAAGCUAACCUCAUGAAACCGUAAAGAGAAAAAUAUCCGUAUUGAUAGUUUGCCUAAACUAGUCCAGAAAGUAUUUGGAUCAAUAACAUACAUGACAAAAUCUCUCAGACGGAGCAGUGACGCAAAUAUCCAACUAUGAAAUGUCGUUGUUUUUGAAAAGUUCCCUGGAUGUUCCCUUCCCGUCCUCACGGGACGCCACCAUCGCGCUGCGCUCUCUGAGCCCGGACCGUGAGCCCAGAAAAGGAGGCAUCAGCAAGCAGCUGAUGGUGUCUGGAAGCACGUUGUCCGUGAGGUGGAGCGCCGACGAAGCUCGGAUCCUCCGCGUGUCCGUCAAGUCCUUCCUGGACCACCUGACCCUCGUCAUGGAGACCAUGCAGAUGUUCCCCGCUGACACCUGAGUCAAAGGAAGGUCUCUUUUGUCCCGUCUCCUCCCUCUCUUUUUGUUUUUUCCUUCCUGGUUUGCUUCCGACUGCAGGCUUUGACCGGCGGACUCCUUUCUUUACAGUGACGGCAUCGCCGUGUAGUAAUGGCUAAUAGCUAAGCGGGCACACCAGCAGGGGGCGGUGUCGGCUGGCUUUGCAAGAAAUGAAUCUUUGAUGCAUGAUCAAAUACCUUCGUGAACAUGUUACAUAAAGUUUUGAGCAGAGAACAGUCCCCGUAUGUUAACAUGCGGUACAGUCAGUGUGGAUCACUCCAGCGUGGCGGAAGGGGAGGGGCUAAGCUAAAGCGAUGGACAGAAGAAGAAGAGGAGCGUGCACUCACACACUCAUCGCAUCAAGUGUUUACGUCUCAGUCUGCCGGCUACCAUGACGACCAGCGACUCAUUGUCCCUGCGGCCGUUACCGUUGUCAACGGCUCGGGUCUCCUCAGAAGUCGUCAUCGUCACAAAUGUCUAGGAAGACGUCGAAGGCUUCCCUGUUGCAGUUCCCGUCAGGCGUGAAGACGUACUUGUGGAAGGUCCCGUCCACGCAGAUGGCUGAAGGAGAGGAUACACACACAUUUAAGGAGAAGAACCACAAACGCAACACAAGUCCUCACCGAUGACAGAGUUGACGUUCUUGGACGUGUUCUUCCCAAAGGCGCAGAUGCAGGCGCACUCGGCGGGCACGGUGAAGCUGGCCAAGGACCACUGACUGUCCACAUACUGGCCAAUCACAGGGCCCACUUUCCCCACGCGCGCCAACCUGCAGUCACACACACUUGUCCAG